AUGUCGUCAUCACCGCCAUCACCGCCUGCCGUUGCGACGCCCGAAGAGGGCCAUAACGAGGGAUCCAAGCUGCGGACCUUUCUGGGCAUCUUGAGGAAAUUCAUCGGAGUUACCGACCUCGCCUCUGUUCGAUUCUCCCUCCCCUCGCAGCUCCUCGAGCCGACGCCGAAUCUAGAGUACUGGACCUACCUCGAUGCGCCCAACGCCUUCGUCGCCAUCGGCACAUCCGAUGAGCCGCUCGAUCGGAUGCUUGAAGUGAUUCGCUUCUGGCUCACAAAAGAUCUCAAAUACGCAAAGGGAAAGCCCUGCAAGCCGUACAACUCAUGUCUCGGCGAGUUCUUUAGAUGCAACUGGGAGACGGAAGAUAAUGCUCCCAGGAUAAAUACUCUCGAGCUUCAAACCCCUGGAUCCAGCUCGAGCUCCAUCAAGGGAGCGGCCGCCAAGAGCGAGAACAGCUCUUCCUCGGUGUCCUUGUCCGUUCCUCAACAUGGCACGGCUUCGAACGAGGCGGGCCAGCUCCUCCGAAUCUCAUACCUUACUGAACAGACAUCACAUCACCCCCCAGUCAGCGCCUUCUAUGUCACCUGUCCCGAAAAGGGCAUCACCGCCAGAGGCUUUGAUCAGAUCACUGCCAAGUUCACUGGCACUUCUGUCAAGGUCCUCCCUGGCGAGCACAACUCGGGCAUCUUCAUCACCCUGGAGAAGAGGGAUAACGAGACCUACCAGCUGACGCAUCCCGCUGCCCAUCUCGGCGGCCUCUUCCGCGGAACUUUGAGCGUAUCGGUGAGCGAGAUGGCCUACAUUACUUGCCCUGAUACCAAGAUCAAGGCCAUCCUUCACUACGUCGAAGAAGGGUGGUUGGGCCGGACAACCAACAAAAUUGAUGGUGUCAUCUUUAAAUACGACCCCGAGAACGACGACAAGACCCGAGUUCAGGAUGUCCCGGAUGAGGAUGUCCUGGCUAGGCUGAGUGGCCCCUGGAAGGAGAGGGUUGUCUUUUCAUUGGGCCCCAGACCCAUGAAAAACGUCCCUCCCGAAGAACAGCAUGUUAUCAUUGACAUUCUCCCUUUGAACGUUGCUCCCAAGGUCUUGCCUCCGAAGGAGUCUAUGCUUCCCAACGAGUCACUUCGCCUGUGGGGUGGCGUCACCGACGCGAUCCUUUCUAAGCAAUUCUCCAAGGCAACUGAACUCAAGGUUGCCCUGGAGGAGGCCCAGCGCGAGAAGGCUCGGAAGCGGGAGCAAAACAACGAGACGUGGAAGCCCGUCUUCUUCGAGCACAGCGUCGGCAACGGCGGCAAGCCCGACCUUAACGAUAAGGGGAAGCAGGUUCUAGAGCGCGCCCAAAAGGGCGACUGGAACCUCGAGGGCAUCCUAUAG